GGCUUGCGACAUCUUGAGCUGACAGAUCAAGAGUGGGAAAUUGCGGAGCAAUUGCGGGAUAUCUUGAAGGACGCUACACUUUUCUUCUCCCGUUCGACUCCAAACUUGGCGACUGUUAUCCUGGCUAUGGACUUAAUCGACGAGAAACUGACAACUUACUCUCAGAACCAGUGGUUUCUUCCCUCAAUUCGUGCGGCCGUUGGACUUGGCAAAAGAACAUUAAACCGGUACUACCAACUGACGGACACAUCAGAAGUGUACCGUAUCGCCAUGGUUCUACACCCGCGCCACAAACUCGCAUAUUUCAGGCAUGCAAAGUGGGAGGACGAUUGGGUUGAGACUGCCAAGACCCUUGUGAGGGAGACAUAUGAGCAUUCUUAC